AUGGUUAGGUUCUUGAACAUCGCGUUAAUUCAAUUCUUGAUCGUUUUGUUUGCGGCAAAUGUCUUGGAAGCCACGGAACUGAAUGUAAUGGACAAAUGCUGGAGACCAAACCCGCAUUGGCGUAGAAGCCGCAAUCAGCUGGCGCGGUGCUCGGUCGGAUUUGCCGGAAAAAUGACGGGAAAUAUCGGAAAAGGAGUCACACAAUACAAAGUAACCAACCCUUCUGAUGAUCCUUUAAACCCUAAACCUGGAACCCUAAGAUACGGAGCAACGCUCGUCAAAGGUAAGAAAUGGAUCACAUUCAAAAGAAACAUGAAGAUCAAUCUUCAUAAACCGCUACUAAUCAGCAGCUUCACGACACUCGAUGGUCGUGGUGUGAGCGUUCACAUCUCGGGUCCGGCUUGUCUCAUAGUCUACAAAGCUACCGAUGUGAUCAUUCAUGGGCUUAAGAUCCAUGAUUUGAGAUAUGGAUAUGCUCAUGUCGCAAAUAACUAUUACCAAGGAUGGACUCAAUACGCAAUUGGAGGAAGCAUGAGCCCUCGCGUGAAGAGCGAAUCAAACUAUUUCGUCGCACCGAAAUCCGGACGCAAAGAGAUAACUUGGAAGAAACAUAACAAAGGAGAUCAAAUGCAGUGGAAAUUCUACUCGGUGAAUGAUUAUUUCGAGAACGGAGCUUGUUUCGGCCUACACAAAGGUGUUGGAAAAGCCCGGCCCAAUUACGGCCCAUCUCAAAGCUUCACCGUAGCGAACGCUAAAACCGUUAAAAAACUCACUUCUUCAGCUGGAGCGUUACAGUGCACCAGAAACUCCAUCUGUUAG